GAUUCACAAUCCCUCAGAGUCUGGUUUAGGUCUUCCUUUUCUGUUGGCUGCUCAUCUUCUGGGCUCACACUCCUCUCCUUGAGAGGAGACACAAGAGAGGGGGCAGUCCACACCGAUUGCCCCGAAUCCAAUUCACAAUUUUUAUCAAUAUUUAUGCAAUAUACUUGGAGAUUCUUCGCAAAACACCGCCCACUCCUUCUCCAUCUUGUUUAGGCUGUAAUGGGGAAAAAGGUGAAGAAGAAAACGAGAAGUUCUGUGAAAGAGAAAUCGGGUCCCUCGAUGUCUCCGACAACAGUUCCCAACGAUGACACGAGCAAUGCUGAAACAACUGUUGAUGCAGUUGUGGUUGUCAAAGAUAGGGGAGUGUGUUCCCAUGUUGAUAAAGGUAUCAACUUAGACAAACUUUCUGCCAAACUGCGAUCUUCAGAAUCCAACAAGUGUGAAGAUUGUCGGGGAAAUAUGGCUGAUAGACGAUCAAAGAAAGGGCAAGGUAAACAUGGGAAAAAAGGAGGGACGAAAGCACUUUGGGUUUGUUUAGAAUGUGGGCAUUAUGCCUGUGGAGGCAUUGGAUUGCCAACUACGCCUCAGAGCCAUGCUCUCAGGCAUUCGAAACAGAACCACCAUCCUUUGGUGGUCCAUUAUGAGAAUCAUCACUUGCUUUGGUGUUUCCCGUGUGGAAAACUUGUUCUUGGUGAAAAUCCAGAAGACCAUAAGCAUAAAGAGAUCUUAAGCGAGGUUGUGAAAUUGCUGAAAGGACAACCGGGUGAAGGAUCGACUGUAGAUGUUGAGGAUGUCUGGUUUGGCAGUGCUAGUGUUACAAGUGCGGUGAAAUCAGAUUACUCUGUAAGCACCGCUGGGAAAGCUGGCUAUUCGAUUAGGGGAUUGAGUAAUUUGGGGAAUACUUGUUUCUUUAACUCGGUCAUGCAGAAUCUAUUUGCGAUAAAUAGCUUGCGUGAUUAUUUCUUCAAGUUAGAUGAAUCUGUUGGUCCUCUAAGUGCUGCUAUGAGAAAGCUUUUCCUCGAGACCAGCAAUGAAGGUGGGUCAAAAGGGGUACUCAAUCCUAGAUCCUUAUUUGGUGUUCUCUGUAACAAGUCUCCACAGUUCAGGGGAUAUCAGCAACACGAUAGUCAUGAGCUUCUUAGAUGUUUGCUUGAUGGCAUGUCAACAGAAGAGUUGAAAUUUAGAAAGCGCAAUGAAUCUUGUGAGGUUUCAGUUAAGGAUCAGACAUUUGUGGAUGGUUUCUUUGGUGGAAAACUUUCUAGCACCGUUAGUUGUCUGGAAUGUUGCCACGCAUCAACUAUUUAUGAACCGUUUUUGGAUCUCUCCUUGCCAGUUCCUACCAAGAGGCCUCCUCCCAAAAGGACCCAACCUCCUCUUCGAGGCAAGAAACCAAAACUGUUUCCAAAGAGAAGCGCCAGGAAUUUCUCCAAGGGUAGCAAAGAAUCAAAUAUUUCACCAAGAAGUGUUCUUGACCAAUCAAUCAGUGGCAACUCUUCAGUUGAAGUGCAUUCUAUAGCUCAGCCAGCAGAGCCUUUGGCCCUUGCAUUGGUUGAUUCGGCAUUUUCAGAUUCCACUGGUUCCUGCAGUGUAGCUCUUGAUAUGGGUUUAUCUGCUGAGGAUCUUUCUGCUUUCCAGAAUCCCAAUAGCCAGCCAGCGAGUCAAGCAGUUGUAGAGCAGACAAUCUCUUCUGAUGCCUUUUCAUGGUUAGAUUACCUUGAUCCGUGUCCGACAUCAGAACAGGGCAAUGCUGCCUCAGAAACUGAUGAUACUUCAGCAAUCGAUGAUUCUGCAAAAGAAGAUGUUCUACUGCAGGAUACCUCAUCGACUGCUGCAUCAGAUUCUAGGUUUGAGAGUAAUUUAGAAAAUAUAGCUCCAGAAAUCCCCUUAGGCAAUGCCAAAAACUAUGAUGCCCCUGAGCCGGAUGCUGUAGCCCAAGAACAGAAUGCUUCUCUCCAGUUUGAGGAUGAGCAAAAUGUUAAACCUGAUUCUGAUGGACGUAUUGCGCCUGAAGGUUCUCUUACUGAGGACCGUUUUGAGUGUGAUGGUGGUAAAGAUCACAGCUCUCCUUCAUGCAGUCAAAUUUGUGCGGAAGAUUCAAAUGCUUCAUGUAGGGAUAACGAUAGUUCGUCACAGAAUCUGGAUCCUAAAGUUAUGUCAAGUCAGAAUCAAGAAGCUGCUACAUCUAGUGUUGAUGUGACCGGAGCAGACACUGAGGUCUCAUUAGCCAUAGUUGGAAACGAACAAGAAUCUUUAGAUUUUGAUGGAUUUGGAGACAUGUUCAAUGAACCUGAGGAGUCUUCGGGUGCUAAGUCCUUGGACAAUCCUGGUCCUGUGGCUAAAAAUGGAGUAAAUGGAAAUAAUACUAGUGAGUCUGAUGCGGAUGAGGUUGAUAAUGCCGAUGCUCCGGUGACUGUCGAGAGCUGUUUGGCUUUCUUCACAAAGCCGGAAUUUCUUUCCAAGGACGAACAUGCUUGGCAAUGUGAUAAUUGUUCAAGAAUCUUACGAGAACAAAGAGCAAAAUCGAGGAAAUUUAAAAAUCCUAAAUCUGGUGAUGUGCCCAACGGUUGUGAGGAUACACAUCCUAGCAGUGAUGGAAAAACUUAUGACACAGAGAAAAGUAUGAACAGUAAGGCAGAAGUUGAUCCUUCUGAUGGCGGGUCGCUACCCCAUAAUGAGGAUAUUUUGGAGAAUGGGAGAUGCAAGGUUGGAAACUACGUGGUAAGUGAGAUAAACGGUACUGAAAUCCAGUCAGAGAAUGUGGAACUGCAGGCCACAAGUUCAUGUCCUGGUUCGUUAGAAGGUUCAGAUUUAAGUAAUCGAAGUCUUGAUCCACAUCAAGGAGAAUGUGAUUCUGAAAAAGAUGUGUCUAUGGGAAAUGAGUUGCAAUCUGUGAAGUGUGAAACAGAAGUCAGUGAGCACGAGGAUGUAGACUCAGAGAAAUUGAAAGUGAAAAGGGAUGCAACGAAGAGUAUACUAAUCAGCAAGGCUCCAGCUAUUCUAACAAUCCACCUCAAGAGGUUUAGCCAAGAUGUGAGAGGGCGCUUGAGUAAAUUAAACGGCCACGUGAGUUUCAAGGAGUCAAUUCAUCUCAAGCCUUACAUGGAUCCCAGGUGCAGCGAGGACAACUGCACACCCUCAUACCGUCUAGUUGGGGUCGUGGAGCAUCUAGGGACAAUGAGGGGUGGCCACUAUGUUGCGUAUGUUAGAGGUAGCCCCGGUUACGGGGAUGAUGGCGCCUGGUAUCACGCGAGUGAUGCUUACGUGCGCCAGGCUUCUCUCGACGAAGUUCUGCGCUCUGAAGCUUAUAUUUUGUUCUAUGAAAGAACUUAAGAGGAGAUUACAUUUUUGUUCAUUUAUUUGUUUUUCUUCUCACAUUGAGAUACACAGAUGAGAGAGAAAGAGAGGGAGAGUUAGGGGUUUAUAACAACCAUUGCUGAUACACGAAAUUUUGGAUGUGCAUUGAUCUCAAAAUGUGAGAAAUCAUUCACAGAUGAUCAACCUUGUAUACUUAUUUUUGAAUUGUUCUUGACCAUAUUCCAAUAUUUACAUCAUUGGGUGUGACUGA